UUUUGCCUUGACAGUAGAGGGGGGAAGUUGUGCCUCAUUCAUACAAUACGAACAUUUUAGUCGGACAGCCUUUUGUUUUUACUUAUAUGAACAAAACGUUCAAAAUUCUUUUAAAAAGGGACAGAUUUCAUUUAAAAUCUGUUUUCGCGGUCUUUGGAUAUCGCCUUCGCUAACAAAACAAAACAGAUCGAAUAAAUCUAAUCAAAAUAUAUAUAUUUCGACCAUACGUUAGUUUGUUUUUUAGUAUCUGUAGUUAAAAAUUUUGGUUAACCUUUAUUACCCGAUUCGCCCGAAACAACCGAUUGCCUCCCGAACACACAGACACACAAAAACACACAGGAUACCCACACAUUCACACACACCCACACAGUCAAGCACACACACACACACACACACAGACGUACGCUCACAGAAUGCAAACAUUGAGAGUUUUAAUGCGCCGUUUGAAGGACCGUAAAUUUCUCCAGAACAAGUCAUGCGUUAAUCCAGGCCGUCGCUAUACGAGCAGCAGCCUGCCCAAUUUCAUACUGGUCGAUGUGGAUGAGCAGGAGGAUGUCGAAUCGGAGGAUAAUCUGGGCAUACAUCCGUUCUAUCCAAUAUUGGGCAAUCGGUAUUCGGAUCUGUUCUAUAUGCCGCAGAGCGUUGGUCCCGCCUAUCAGGAUCUGUUUACGACCGCCGAUCAAUUUGAUCUAAGUAAAUAUCACGAUUCCAUGGCCUGGAACGGCAUUCAGCCGAUCAAAGCCCAGGUUGUGCGCUGUCCGAAGCUGCUGUUGCCCCACAUGAAGCGCCUCUUCACAAUACCCUGCUCCAAGCUCAAGGAUCCCGUCAACUUUAGCAUAUUCAAUUUGUAUUUCGACAGCGAUGUGAACAGCGCCAUCAAGGCCUUUGUGCUGAUCGCUUCGCAGUAUUCCGUCGAGUUUAUGCAGGAUGGCUAUUGGUCGGACUUUGUCAAUCCAUUUACGGGCCGCGCCUAUUUCCGGCCGGCCGCCCGACGCAGCCUGCCCAGCCAGGAGGCCCGUUGCCUGGGCCACAACAUGAUCUUCAAGGACGUGCACGGCUGCACCGUCAUCAAGGAGGCCAAAAAAUGCACCUUUGCCGGCGCCAUAUUCAGCGAUGUGCCGGUCAACUACUUUGAUUGAUCCAGAAUCCAUCAAUUUUUAUUGCAAUCCAAUGCAUUGGCGUGUGUCUCUGUCUUGGUUCCUUGUCCACAUUCAAGUUCAGUUUGAGUUUGUCCAAAAAAAAAUACGUGUACCAAGUGUUUAAUAAAUCGGAAGCCCGGCAAUGUCUUUAUUUGGAAAA